AUGGUUGAUACAAGACGUACGAAGAGUAACGCCACCACGACGGGCCCAUCUCAUGGUUUCGUGGUGGAAACCUCAAGGCAACCGCACGGAAUCAUGCCUGCCAACGCCCUGCAGCCGUCUUCUAGUGCUUUGCAGCCGCCUUCAGCUGCUGGAAUUGCAGAACAGCCGCCACAUGACCCUGGGACCUCCACAGCCUUGCAGUCGCCAGCGCCGAUUACCGGAGCUGCUCUGCCUCGCUGUCCUGCCGUCGGAGCACAGCAGCAGCCACACCACUUAACUACUGGACUUGCUGCACAGCCCCAUGGCUACUCUGACAUCGUCCCAGUCUUGGAGCAGAUCCAUUCUCUCCCUCCUCUGCGAUCACACUUGACAUAUGCACCUGUGUACGCGUCUAAUGGAGCCCUAGCCCACAUGCCGUUGGGCCCAAUGCACACCACUCUACUUGACCCGGGCAGUCAGGUGGACCUUAACUCGCGGGUUGAUCAACUCACACAGAAGGUCGAUGAUCAAAACAACCUGAUUGGCCAGCUACUCAGGCAGAUCAACUUGAAUCAAGGCCCCAACCUUGGACCCCGUGACGAGGAGAGGAGGGCACACGAGCAUGCUGGCGAGCAGUUCGAGAGGUCCCAGGCUAGUCAGACAAGGGCAAACCGGCAGGGAAGAGAGCGAGAUCGUGCAGACGAGACGCAGACAGCUGCGAGCCGUACUCUGAGCCGUUCGAGGCUAGGACCCAGGACCAAUGUGCUCGAGAGGCUAGGCCCACAAUCCAAUGUUCGUGCUCGCUUAGGUCCACAAGGAGCUCGAGUUCGUGAGCGGUCGCGGCGACAAGCUGUGGAGGGAUCCUCCCAAACUCAACCUUCUCUCCUGCCCCAUCGGCAGGGCAACCAAGGGGAUCGACCCUUGGAAGCCGGAGAAGAAGUUAGCCGAUCACGUUCGAGGCACCGAAGACGUCGACCUGAACGACCUUCCUUGCAAGCAGAGGAUGACGAUCAACGCUCACCAGCCCGCUCGAGGUCCAACAUGCGGCGACAAGCUGUGGAGGGAUCCUCCCAAACUCAACCUUCUCUCCUGCCCCACCGGCAGGGCAACCAAGGGGAUCGACCCUUGGGAGUUGGAGAAGAAGUUAGCCAGUCACGCUCGAGACUCCGAAGGCGCCGACCUGAACGACCUUCCUUGCGAGCAGAAGGUGACGAUCGACGCCCACCAGCCCGCUCGAGGACCAACACGCGGCGACAAGCUGCAGAGGAAUCCUCACAAGCUCAACCUUCUCUCCUGCCCCACCGGCAGGGCAACCAAGGGGAUCGACCCUUGGGAACCGAGGAAGAAGCUAGCCAGUCGCGCUCGAGGCACCGAAGACAUCGGCCCGAGACUCCAACCCUGCGAGCAGAGGAUGUCGCAAAGCUGGUAAAUGACCAACUCCGAGGUCUCCGACUCAAAGGAAGCGCGGAGGAGGCCCUGUGCAAGGAAAUUGAUCGAGUUGACCGCUCUCCCUUUACCGACGAGGUGGAACGAGCUCCGCCGCCGAAGCGGUUUACAACGCCAUCCAUCACUCCAUUCAAGGGGGACUCUGACCCUGAGAGCCAUUUGAGGCACUUCAAGAGCGCCAUGAUCCUGUACAAGGCAGACGACGCCCUGAUGUGCAAAGUGUUCGCGAUGACUCUGCGAGGAGCAGCUCAGGAUUGGUUCCACACUCUACCGUCCGCGUCAAUAGGCAACUUCAUGGAGUUCGCCAUCAUUUUCACAAAGGAGUACACCUCCUACAAGACGGUCAGAAAGCAUGCAGACCACCUGUUCAACCUGCGCAAGAAGCCAGACGAGUCUCUACGAGACUACCUGAGACGGUUUAAGGCUGAGAAGGCUAACAUCAUAGGAUGCAACGACCAAGUUGCAUCCUCAGCAUUCAAAAAGGGCUUGCCAACCGAGCACGAGCUAUACCGGGAGCUGGCCAUAACUCCAAGUCAAACCUUGGCAGAAGUGUUCGCGACGGCAGAGCGCUACGCACUUUGGGACGAUGAUCGUAUCGCCGCAAAGAAAGCUAGCAAGCAAGUUGACCACCCGACGAAGCAGGCAAGCCAAAAGAGCAACAAGUUCGAGCAAAAAGCCCGAGAUAAGCGCAGAUCGCGGCCCCAAGAGGGAAGCUUAGAAACAGGGACCUUCACCGAGUUCGCUAUCCCAAUCCACCAGAUCCUAGCUCAGGUGAAAGAUAAGCCGUGGGUGAGGAGACCACCACCCAUGAAGGGAGACCCCUAUAAAAGAGACACCAGCAAAUACUGCGCAUUCCACGGGGAGCACGGUCAUUACACCAACAACUGCAACGCUUGGAAAAGGCACCUUGAGGAGCUGGUCAGAGAGGGCCAUUGCACAGAGUUCGUUGCAAAGAAGGCUAUCCAGCAGAUCGAGGAUCGUGAUGUAGUUGCCAAGGAACCUCCCCAAAAGGUCAUUCGAAUCAACACCAUUCUAGCCGACUCCCAAGAGUCCGGGCUGACCACCAAGGAGCGCAAGAGAAAGAUCGCGCAGGCAACUUAUGUCUCCCAAGUCACAACGGGAGUACCAGCCGUUGGGGAUACACCUAUCAUCGGCUUCCAGAAGAAGGACUUGAUCGGGCUUGACCUGCCACAUAAUGACGCCCUAGUCAUCUGCAUCCAAAUUGAACAAGCUGUGAUCGAGCGAGUUCAUGUAGAUGAGGGCAGCGCAGCCAACAUCCUGCAACUAUCUGUUAUCCAACAGAUGGGGUUCGAGCCCAAGAUUAGCAAACUUGCCAGAUCGCUCACCGGCUUCAAUGGGGCCACAUCAAUCACUGUUGGAACGAUCGACUUGGAUGUCCACUCACCCCCAGUAGUCUGCUCGCAGACCUUCAUGGUCAUCGACGAGGUUUCCCCCUACAACGGAAUCUUGGGCCGACCGUGGAUCAGCAAGAUCGAGGCCAUCACAUCUGCUCUACAUCAGAAGAUCCGUUAUCCCAUCCCUGGGGGCGGAAUCGGGCAGAUCAACAGUGACCAAGCCAUGGCAAGGAGAUGCACCGCCCAAGGGCUCAAGAAGAGCAAGCAGCUGCAGUUCACACCAGUAAUGCAAGCUGCCAACGAGGCAAGAAGCGCUCUUAGCAGACAAGCAAACCCGAAAGGGAAGGAAUUAAGGAACCAGGAUCGAGACGAGGGAAUCCGCCCGGAAGACUCCCCUGAAAAGGGUUGGAAGCCUGAGGAUGACGUUGAGUUAGUACCUCCUUAUCCUGGCCAGCUAGACAAAGAGGCGCAGAUCGGCUCGUGCCAGAAUCCGAACAAGAAGGAUCGAGACGAGGGAAUCCGCCCGGAAGGCUCCCUUGAAGAAGGUUGGAAGCCUGAGGAAGACGUUGAGUUAGUACCCCCCGAUCCUGACCAGCCAGACAAAGAGGCGCAGAUCGGCUCGUGCCAGAAUCCGAACAAGAAGGAUCGAGACGAGGGAAUCCGCCCGGAAGGCUCCCUUGAAGAAGGUUGGAAGCCUGAGGAAGACGUUGAGUUAGUACCCCCCGAUCCUCACCAGCCAGAGAAGGAGGCGCAGAUCGGCUCGCGCCAGAAUUCAACCAAGAAGGAUCGAGAUGAGGGAAUCCGCCCGGAAGGCUCCCUUGAAGAAGGUUGGAAGCCUGAGGAAGACGUUGAGUUAAUACCCCUCGAUCCUCACCAGCCAUACAAGAAAGCGCGGAUCGGCUCGCGCCUAAGCCCAGACGAGAAGAUGGAGCUGACCAUCUUCCUCCAGAACAACAAAGACAUGUUCGCGUGGUCACCAUCUGACAUGCCUGGCAUUGACCCAAAUAUCAUCUGCCAUCGGCUCCAUGUCAACCCUGCUAGCAAGCCCGUGGUGCAGAAGAGACGCAACUUUGCUCCCGAGCGGGUCGCGAUCAUUGAAACCGAGAUCGACAAGCUCCUAGCUGCCGGUUUCAUUGAAGAGGUCUCCUACUCGGAAUGGCUGGCUAACGUUGUUCUGGUGGCGAAACAAGAAAAGGGAAAAUGGAGAGUAUGCGUUGAUUACACCGACCUCAACAAAGCAUGCCCUAAGGACAACUUCCCAUUGCCGAGAAUCGACCAGCUCGUGGAUUCAACUUCCGGCAACCAGCUGCUCAGCUUCAUGGAUGCUUACUCCAGCUAUAAUCAAAUUAUGAUGUACGAUGAUGACAAGGCGAAGACCUCUUUCAUCAUCGAAAGAGGGACCUACUCGUGCCAGAAUCCGAACAAGAAGGAUCGAGACGAGGGAAUCCGCCCGGAAGGCUCCCUUGAAGAAGGUUGGAAGCCUGAGGAAGACGUUGAGUUAGUACCCCUCGAUCCUCACCAGCCAUACAAGAAAGCGCGGAUCGGCUCGCGCCUAAGCCCAGACGAGAAGAUGGAGCUGACCAUCUUCCUCCAGAACAACAAAGACAUGUUCGCGUGGUCACCAUCUGACAUGCCUGGCAUUGACCCAAAUAUCAUCUGCCAUCGGCUCCAUGUCAACCCUGCUAGCAAGCCCGUGGUGCAGAAGAGACGCAACUUUGCUCCCGAGCGGGUCGCGAUCAUUGAAGCCGAAAUCGACAAGCUCCUAGCUGCCGGUUUCAUUGAAGAGGUCUCCUACUCGGAAUGGCUGGCUAACGUUGUUCUGGUGGCGAAACAAGAAAAGGGAAAAUGGAGAGUAUGCGUUGAUUACACCGACCUCAACAAAGCAUGCCCUAAAGACAACUUCCCAUUGCCGAGAAUCGACCAGCUCGUGGAUUCAACUUCCGGCAACCAGCUGCUCAGCUUCAUGGAUGCUUACUCCGGCUAUAAUCAAAUUAUGAUGUACGAUGAUGACAAGGCGAAGACCUCUUUCAUCAUCGAAAGAGGGACCUACUGCUACAAGGUCAUGCCCUUUGGGCUGAAGAACGCUGGAGCAACCUACCAAAGGCUCGUGAAUAAAAUUUUCAAGGAGCAGAUCGGCAGAACCAUGGAGGUGUACGUGGACGAUAUGCUGGUUAAAGCCCCCAAGCGGGCAGACCACCUCAAAAACCUCACCGAGGCGUUCAGCCUACUCCGCCAAUAUCGCAUGAAGCUGAAUCCAAGUAAAUGCACGUUCGGUGUAUCGUCUGGCCGGUUCCUAGGGUACUUGGUGACGCAACGAGGUAUCGAGGCACACCCGCGCCAAAUCAAAGCCAUUCUCGAGAUGAAGUCGCCUUCCACAGUGAAGGAGAUACAAAGCCUGACGGGCAGAGCAGCGGCCCUUAACAGAUUCCUCUCAAAGUCUACCGACAAGUGCAGACCAUUCUUCAAAGCUUUGAAGAAAGGACAAAAAGACAAAUGGGACGAAGAGUGCGAAGUAGCUUUCCAGAAUCUAAAGACCUACCUUACUUCACCUCCCUUGCUCUCAAAGCCAGUUCCUGGUGAAGACUUGUUCGUGUACCUGGCAGUGUCCAACUCGGCCGUCAGCUCAGCUCUCAUUCGAGAAGAACUUGGGGCCCAACAUCCGAUAUUCUACACGUCAAAAGCUCUCCUCGAUGCAGAGACUCGUUACCCGAAAUUGGAGAAGCUCAUUUUGGCCCUUGUGGUUUCUGCGAGAAAGCUGCGACCUUAUUACCAAGCUCACCGAGUCAUCGUCAUGACCGACUUUCCUUUGAGAUCAAUCCUCCACAGCCCUGAUGCUUCUCAGCGACUCAUGAAGUGGGCUAUAGAGCUAAGCCAAUACGACCUCCUCUACCGGCCAAAGACUGCAAUAAAAGCUCAAGCCUUAGCAGACUUUGUUGCAGAAUUCACACCAUCAGCCGAAGAAGAGAAGCUGGUCAGCAAAAAGAAGGAAAGUUCGAGAGCAGACAAGACCUCUACUGAACCUGACCAACCCAGAGACAUGUGGCAGUUGCGCGUAGACGGAGCGUCGAACCAGAAAGGAGCUGGAGCAGGCGUCGUCAUCAUCACCCCAGAUGGAACCCUGUUAGAGCAAGCUAUCACGCUUGGCUUCCCGGCUUCAAACAACGAGGCAGAGUACGAGGCGUUGCUCGCUGGCUUGCGCUUGGCAAAGGAGCUAUCAAUCAAAAAGCUGGCCAUCUACUCAGAUUCCCAGCUGAUCACAAGUCAAGCCUCAGGAGAAUACAUGGCGAAGCACCCAAGGAUGAUCUUGUACCUUGACAAAGUUCAAGAGUUGUUGAAGGCGUUUCCCACCUUCACCAUCCAGCAAGUUCCCAGAGCAGAGAACGCGCACGCAGAUGCACUAGCAAGCUUAGGAUCGGCGCUGGAUACCCAGUUCAGACGUUCCAUCCCGGUCGAGCACCUUGACCAGCCUAGCAUAGAGGAGGCAGAGCAGCCGGACCUGAUGCAGAUCGAUGAGGAUCCUAGCUGGCAAGACCCAAUUAUUGACUACCUAGUGAAUGAAAACCUGCCCAAGGACAAGUCCGAGGCCAGAAAAAUCAAGCAGAAGGCUGCAAGAUACUACAUGAAAGGCGACAUGCUUAUCCGCAGAUCAUACUACGGGCCUCAUCUCACUUGCAUCAAGUACCCACAAACGCUCGAGGUUCUCUGCAAGAUACACGACGGCGAAUGUGGAAAUCACGCUGGGGGCAGAUCGCUUGCUCAGAAGGCUCUCAGCAUAGGCUAUUUCUGGCCUACCAUGCGCCAAGACUCCACGGAGUAUGCUCGAAGAUGUGAUCGAUGCCAACGCUACAAGCCGGUCCCUGGCCUGCCCGCUGAGGAAUACCAUCCGCAGAACAGUCCAUGGCCAUUCAUGCAGUGGGCCAUUGACUUGGUGGGACCUAUGCCGACGGCACCUGCCAACAAAGAGAUGAUGAUCGUUGCCACUGAUUACUUCACCAAAUGGAUCGAGGCCGAGGCUUUAUCUUCUACCAAGGAGGCCGAUGUUGAACGGUUCAUCUGGAAGAACAUUAUUUGCAGAUUCGGUUGCCCGCAAUCGAUAGUCACCGACAAUGGUACACAGUUCGUGGGCAGGCAGAUCACCGCAUUCUUUGCGAAGUAUGGCAUCAAACAACACCUGUCAACACCCCGAUACCCGCAAGGCAAUGGCCAAGCAGAGGCAUCCAACAAGAUAGUGCUGGACUGCCUAAAGAAAAGACUGGAAGGCGCAGAAGGAAAAUGGGUCGACGAGCUGCCAGGAGUCCUAUGGGCUUAUCGCACGACCAAAAGGAGAUCGACCGGAGAGACACCAUUUUCCCUGGCCUAUGGGACAGAAGCAAUUAUUCCCCCACACAUCACAGUCCCUUCCAUGAGCAUUGAGGUGGGCAGCCUUGACCAAAACUGCAAGCAGAUGAAAGUCAACCUUGAUCUGCUUGAAGAAGAACGAGAAAAGGCUAUUGUUCGAGUUGCCGCCUACCAACAGCAGUUGACGUCCUACUACAAUAAGAAGGCUAAGAUAAGACAGUUUCAGCCUGGAGACCUUGUGCUUAGAAAAACUUUCAUCACAGCACCAAGGCAAGGGUCAAAGAAAAUGAAGCCAAACUGGGAAGGCCCCUACGUGAUCAGCCGAUCUGGGGGCAGAGGAAGUUACACCCUUGAUACUCUAGAAGGAAAAGAAAUUCCAAGACAAUGGAAUGCCCACCACCUUCGAAGAUACUAUCCAUGA